AAACCAGACUCCAAAAACUCUGAAUUAACCAUGGACUAUUUCUUUCUCUCUCUGCUGUUCACAGUCUCUCUCUCAACCAUAACAUUCCUCCUGUUUCGACCCAUCUCCACCGCCAGCCGACGGAAAUUACGUCCACCGCCGGGAAACGUCGGUCUACCAUUUAUCGGAGAGACACUUCAGUUAAUAUCAGCUUACAAAACCGAAAACCCAGAACCCUUUAUCGAUUCACGGGUAGCAAGAUAUGGAACACUAUUCACGACACACGUGUUCGGCGAGCGGACCGUGUUUCUACCGACCCGGAAACCAACCGGUUCAUUUUACAGAAUGAAGGACGGUUGUUCGAGUCAAGUUACCCCGGUUCGAUAUCCAACUUGGUUGGGAGACAUUCUUUGUUGCUGAUGAGAGGGUGCCUUCAUAGAAAAAUGCAUUCUUUGACCAUGAGUUUUGCUAACUCCACCAUUAUUAAAGACCAUUUGUUGGUUGAUAUAGACCGGUUGGUCCGGUUGAACUUGGAUUCUUGGACCGGUCGGAUUCUACUCAUGGAGGAAGCCAAGAAGAUAACAUUCGAGUUAACAAUGAAGCAAUUAUUGAGUAUCGAUCCAUGUGAGUGGACGGAGAAGUUAAGGAAGAUAUACAUGCGAGUCAUUGAAGGCUUCUUUUGUAUUCCCAGUCCAAUUUUCUCCAUCACUUAUCGACGUGCUAUAAAGUCAAGGAAAAGGGUGGCGGAGGCACUAAGUUUGGUGGUGAGGGAGAGGCGAAAGGAAAGCGAAAAGGGGUUAAAGAAGAACGACAUGUUGGCGGCAUUGUUCGAUAGUAAUGGCUGUGGUGGUGGUGAUGGUGGUGGAGCUGGUUUCACCGAUGAUGAAAUUGUAGAUUUCUUGGUGUCUCUGUUGGUGGCAGGCUACGACACCACAUCAACCACUAUGACUCUUGCAGUUAAGUUUAUAACCGACACACCGUUGGCUCUUGCUCAACUCAAGGAUGAACACGACGAAAUUAGGGCAAGAAAAGCUGCAUCAGCGUCUCUCGAAUGGGUAGACUACAAAUCCAUGCCAUUCACACAAUGCGUCAUAAAUGAAACGUUAAGAGUCUCUAACAUAAUUAGUGGCGUAUUCAGGAGAGCAAUGAAAGACGUUGAUAUUAAAGGUUAUACAAUUCCAAGAGGAUCCAAAGUGUUCACUUCCCUUCGGGCUGUUCAUCUUAGUCAAGACAAUUUCAAAGAUGCUCGUGUUUUUGAUCCUUGGAGAUGGGAGAAAACGUCAGACCCAACAAAAUUUCAUGCCAUUUGGGGGAGGGCCAAGGAGAUGUCCGGGUUAUGAGCUAGCCAGAGUGUCACUCUCCGUUUUUCUUCAUCAUCUCGUUACUCGUUUUAGUUGGAAACCCGCAGAAGAAGAUAAAUUGGUGUUUUUUCCUACAACAAGGACUCAAAAGCGAUAUCCUAUCACUGUGCAAAAUCGUAGUAGUAUAGCAAAGCAAUGUAUAGAAUAAAGAAAGGAAAGGAGUGUGGUAUAGAUUUGAUAUGUAACAAAAACAUUAGCAUGUAAGUUUAGAAUAUUAUAAGUUCAAAGUUUGUUAGGGCAAAUGUCGGAAAAAUACAACCUAGUAUAGGUCAAUUGUCAGAAAACCAACUAUA